UAUUCUACAACCAAUGUUCGAAAGUGUGAAGAGGAGGCCAUGUGGCUUUUCGCAACAGUUUACCAAGAAUUUGAAAAACAUAAUUACUAUAAAAUCAGAUAGAUAAUGUCAUUUUUUAUAAGAAAUAGUCGAGGUGGCGGUCCGCCCAAGAGAAAGAUCAAUGGGAAAGUUGGCAAAAAAACAUUUGAAGGUCCUCCCUUUAAAACAAAAAAAAAAGAUGCAAGGAAGUCGACCCCAGAAGACGAUGAGAGCAUAGCGAGCAGCGAUGAAGAAUUUGCAGAGGAAAGAGAGAAGAAAAAUCAUAUAGAAGAAGAGUCUGACGAAGAAGAAGAUGAAACGGCACAAGAAAAACGUUUACGGCUUGCCAGAAAAUAUUUGGAAGAGAUUGAGAGAGAAGAAAAAGAUAGAGCAGACUUUGAGGAAGGUGCAGUGGCCAAACGACUACAGGAAGAAUAUUUAGAGGAUAAAGGUCGUUUGCGAAAAACUGUUGCAAGCAAUUACACUGGACACAAAGAACCUUUUAUGUUACGAUGUAAAGACCAAAAAAGCUCGAUAACGUGUCUCUGCCUUUCCAGUGAUGGGAAAUCCGUUUAUUCCGGUUCCAAGGACGGAACAGUCGUAAAAUGGUCAUUAACUGAUAAAAAGAAGCUCAAAAUAAUCAAGGGAAAAAGAAAAGGAACAGAAGGAAUGAAAUACAUUCGAUGCUUAGCCAUAAGUACCGACGGUAAAUUUUUAGUUGCCGGUGAUAAUGGCUCUAAAGAAGUCAAGGUCUACUCUGGUGAUGAAUUGACGCACAUUAAAAAUCUUCAAGGGCAUAGAGACAGAGUCAGCGGCCUGAUAUUCAGAAGGGAUACGCAUACUCUGUAUUCUGCUUCUGACGACCGCAGUGUGAAGGUCUGGAAUUUGGACGAUAUGGCCUACGUUGAGUCGAUGUUCGGACAUCAAAAUGGAAUAACAUCGAUAGACGCGCUUUCACGUGAACGCGCUAUAACGAGCGGAGGUUACGAUGGAACGAUUAGGAUAUGGAAAAUAGUGGAAGAAUCGCAACUGAUUUUCAAUGGUCAUUCCGGUAGUAUAGACGCGGUAAAAUUAAUCAAUGAGGAGAAUUUCUUGAGCUGCGGUGACGAUGGUCAACUCUGUGUCUGGGGAUCGAUGAAAAAGAAACCUCUAUGUUCAGUGGCUGAAGCCCACGGUAAAGACGAAGAAAAUGGAAGACCCAUGUGGAUCUCUAGCAUAGCCACUCUGCUCAAUACUGAUCUCGUUGCAUCCGCUUCUAUUUCAGGCUCCAGAGACGGAGUUAUCAGGCUAUGGCAGUGUGGAGAAUCGUUCAGAAGCUUAACAAUGCUAUUGGAUAUAAAAGUCGUCGGUUUCGUCAAUUCUCUGGCAUUCACACCAGACGGAAAAUCUCUCGUCGCUGGAAUUGGUCAGGAGCACAAACUGGGAAGAUGGUGGCGAGUGCCAGAGGGAAAGAAUAGCAUAGUUGUUAUACCGUUAAUAAGAAAAGAUGAAAAAUGAUGAUAAUAAAUGUUUGUAAAC